CCACAACUAUUCCCAACGAUACUCACUAAACUUCACCACUGAGCUGGUUGUUCUUAAACGUUUGUAAUAGAAAUUGAUAAGAAGCAAGAAACAAGUGGAAGUACAAGUGUCUGCGAAUAUGGUUCGAAACAUCUUCAAGACGAUGGAAUAGCUUCUCAGAGUCCAAUGCAGUCUUCAUCAUUAGCAAUUGUGAAGUUUUUGGUUAAAUAUUGUGGUGCUGACUUAAGUUGCAAAGAUGAUUCGGGCAAAACUGCGUUACAUCAUGCUGUUGAUGUUGGUGAAACAGACGUGGUCAAAUAUUUUGUUGAACAGUGUGGUGCUGAUGUAAAUGCCAAGGAUAAAUCAGGGUGGACAGCGCUCAACUAUGCUCUUUUUAAAAGUAGGCCGGAAAUGGUGAAAUAUCUUCUUGAACAUGGCGCAAAUAUAAAUGACAAGGAUAUUAAUGCACGGACAGUGUUGCACUAUGCUGUUACUAACGGUACGCUUGAAAUGGUGAAAUAUCUUGUUGAACAUGGCGCUGAUGUAAAUGGCAAGGAUACAUACGGAUGGACAGCGCUUUACUGUGCUGUUACUAAAGGUACGGUAGAAAUGGUGAAAUAUCUUGUUGAACAUGGUGCUGAUGUAAAUGGAAAGAAUACUGACGAGUGGACAAUGCUGCAAGCCGCUGGUAGUAAAGGUACGCUAGAAAUGGUGAAAUAUCUUGUUGAACAUGGUGCUGAUGUAAAUGACAGGGAUAAAAAAGGGAGGACAGUCUUGCAUGCUGCUGUCAAUGCUGGCGUAUUAGAAAUUGUCAAGUAUUUAGUUGAGAAGGGUGCUGACAUAACUCUGAAAAGUGAAAUCAGCGUUCAUACUCUCUGCACUGACAUAAUGAAGAUUGCUGUUGAGAAAAAUUCAGUUGCUUUGGUCAAUCUUCUGUUGGAAAAGAAGAUCGCUGUGUGGAGAGCUGGACCAUUUCUUGUUGAAGGAAGACAAAUGAGUCUUCUUGAAUGGAGUAUUCACCUUGGUCAUGAUGAAAUUACAACAAUUCUCAAAAGGUCCGUAAAUCAUCGUGAGAAAAUUCAGAUGUUGAAAACAAUAAAUUGCAACAAGUUAGAAGAGAUUAAAAUACCGAUGCAGGCUUUUGUCGCAAAGAGUCAAUUCAAAAUUGGUGCUGGUGGUUUUUCUUGUGUCUAUGUUGGUCUUAUGAAGGAUGGAAGUGAAGUUGCUGUUAAGAAAAUUUUUGUGAUAAGUGAGGAUGAAACAGUUGAAAACGAAAAGGAAAUCAUGAGUCUCAUUGAAACAAGCAGCUCUCCAUUUACAGUGAACUAUCGACAUUUUCACCGUGACGAUACCUUCAUGUAUCUUAUUGUUGAUCUUUGCGAAGAAACCUUGAGGGAACUGGUUCAUGCAUGCAGUAUUGAACAUCUACAAGAGCAUGGUCCACGAAUGAUUAGGGAAAUUCUAUCAGGACUUGAAUUUCUUCAUGGUAAAGGAAUAUUGCACAGAGAUCUAAAACCAUCAAACGUCCUGGUUGAUAUCGAAGGUCGCAUGAAAUUCGCAGACUUUGGAAUAAGCCGCGUUCUAAAUGAAGAUGAAACGACAGUCUAAACAGAUGCUAAAGGUACUCGUGGAUGGAUGCCACCGGAAGUAAUUGAAGCCAUAAAGAAAAACGAAAAGGGUCGUUUCAAAAGGAAAUCAGAUAUCCAUGUCGCGGGUAUGAUUGCUUUUUACGUGUUGACCAAAGGUGAACACCCUUUUGGAUCUGAAUUAGAUCGAAUGAAAAAUAUUUUAGAAAAUAAUCCUGUCAAUUUGGAGAAACUUGGUGACAGCAAAGCUCGUGGGUUUGUGUCGUGGCUGAUUAAUCACAAGAUUGAUGAUCGACCUCACGCUCACGAAGCAUUGCAGGGGACUCUUUAUUUAGCAACACCACAACGAACACUGCGAACAAUUAGACUACCAACCGCGACGUUUUUUUUUUGAAAUGAUGAAUCCUUCCUAGUUCCUAGCGCAAGGUUGUCCUUAAAGGGAAAAUUUGGAGCGACACAAGGGCGACAGAACAUAGCUAAUUUUAAAGUAAUUAUCACAAUAGUAUAGUAGAGGGGGGAGUGGACAGCCCCAGUUUGUCCUUGAAGGGGAACUUUUGAACGACAAAAAUUUGACACAAGGGAGACAGAACCAGUCGCAUCAGGCGACAAUAAAGCAACGUCGCGGAUUUGUAUUUCGUUGACAGUAGACAGUCGGUAGCAUCAUCUACAGCUUCGGAAGUCGCCGUGUAUCUCGCGACACUUUCCGAAUCCUUUCGUCAAAAAUCGAUAUCACGUUGAAUACUGUUCAGUAAGGUGUUUUAAUAAUUUGCGAGGUUGUUUUAUCCAGGUGAUUCUCGAUCCUGUGCCAAUUAGUAUAGGUAAUAGCAUGGUUUCGAGUGCUUAGCAGAAUGUCCCGUAGUUCUUAUCUAUAAGUCCAAAUUAGCUUUCGUUGAGCAUUAGCCAUUACUGAUAAUUUUUACAUUUAACUGAAUAUCCUUUUUAUAAAGACCUUUUGACACAACAUGUGGUUAG